AUGACUCGCCUCGGAUUCCUCUCUCUGGCUCUGCUCUCGCUCCAGGCCUUCGUCGGCACCGGUCUCGCCGCUGAUGCCGAGACCGUCGCGGAGACUGAAGUCGCUAACCUGGCCGUUACGGCCGAGGCUUCUUUCCCGGCAUCCGAGAUUUUCGGCGUGAAGCUUGUCAACGGUCGUCCGACCGAAGCGCUGAUCUCCGUUACCAACGACGAGCCAAACCCCGUUGUUAUCAACUUCGUUGGAGGAAGCCUCUGGAACCUCGAGGAGGAAAGUAAGGUGGUCCGCAACCUGACUGCCACUCGCUAUGGCGUUGAGGUUCCUGCUGGCCAGAAGGAGACCAUUCCUUACAGCUUCUCGACCGAGAUGCACCCUCAGGAUCUCCGUCUGAACAUCGCCGCUAUCCUGUCUGACAGCGAGGGCAAGUUCUUCACCGUUCAGGCCUUCAAUGGCUCCGUGAGCGUGGUUGAGCCCGAGACCAGCAUCUUCGACCCCCAAAUUAUUUUCCUUUACUUCUUCCUCCUGGCCUGCUUUGGUGGCACAGUCUACUUCUUCUAUACCGUCUGGGUCGCCCCAUACUUCCCUCAGAAGCGCAAGGCUGGCAAGACCGGCGAGAAGCGUACCCCGGGCAGUGCCAAGCGCUCCGAUGCCCCGUCUGUCGAGGAGACCCCUAGCCCUGCCGUUACUUCUGCCACCACCUACAAUGCCGACUGGAUUCCCUCCCACCACAUCAACCGCCCGGAGGCGCGGAAGGUCAAGGGCGGCGGCAAGAAGGCCGCCCGCGCGUAA